GCCAAGUGCUUCCGGAUCACCAGUAGUAGUUGAUUGCACAGAGAGGUAUGGACAGUAUGUUGCAGUUUAUGAAACUUAUUGGUCAACUAAAGCGUGUGCCACGCACUGGCUGGGUGUACAGAAAUGUGAAACAACCGGAGAGCGUAUCAGAUCACAUGUACCGAAUGUCCAUGAUGGCUCUUACGAUUGAAGAUCGCAAUCUUAAUAAGGACAGGUGCGUGAAACUGGCCCUGGUUCAUGAUAUGGCAGAGUGCAUUGUGGGGGACAUUGCCCCUGCAGACAACAUAAGCAAACCAGAGAAACACAGGAGAGAGAAGGAGGCCAUGGAACACUUGACAGGACUACUAAGUGAAGGUCUUAGGAAGGAAAUCUAUGACUUAUGGAAUGAGUAUGAGACGCAGUCCACCCCCGAGGCCAAGCUGGUGAAGGAGCUGGACCAGCUGGAGAUGAUCCUGCAGGCCCACGAGUACGAGCAGCUGGAGGGCUCGCCGGGCCGUCUGGAGGAGUUCUUCACCUCCACCCGUGGCCGCUUUCACCACCCAGAGGUGCUGCGAUUGGUGGAGAGCUUGAAUGACGAGAGAGCAAGGCACAUGGGUAAGGGGGAGGCUGACCAACCAGCAGCAACACAGAAGAAAACAGACACUCCAACAAACACACCAUCUAGCUCAUCAUGACUGAAAUGCGCCUCAAAUCCUCCACUGGACUGAUGUGUGUGUGUGUGUGUGUGCUCAACCCACUCAUAAUGUCGCUAUUUGGUACACACUGUGCCGUGACGUACUGUAUGGUGAAUUGUAAUUCAGUUGUCAUACACAAGGUGGCACUGCAGCUACUCAAUCAACAACAUAUAAAGAGUGAAAGAAUAACUCUGUAGUAAGGUUGUAUUGUACCCUUACAUUUUUUCUGAGCAAAUUUACCUCAGGCAAUAUGGAGAUGAUGAUACAGUAGAUAAUCCAAGUUGCCAAACAACUCUGAAAAUAAGUGUCUAUUCAGAAAUGGAUGCAAUAGACUAUUGGAACCACAUUAAGGUCAUUACUUGAUAUGUGGAAUGUUUGCAUUUUAUUGUAAAUGAAUAACUCAGUUCUAGUUUUCAAAUGCAUAUAUCAGCAGUACUGUAUAUGAAAAAGUAUUUUUCAUACAUCAACAGUAUACUGUUAGUAUGGUCAGACUAGGCAUCACAAAGUUCUGUGUUGUCUUCAGUAUAGCAAUUUGUUUGUUUUAGAUAUAACCACAGUUUUCAAAUAUGUUUGGUUUUUUUUAGACCUUGAUUUUUUAAGUUGAUCCUUCUGAAUACAAAUACAAAUUUCUGA